GAUUACAGGACGGCGAGACCGUGGCUUGCAGCUACUUGCGGCGAGUCAACUACCCUCGUGGUGUUCGAGACCACGGACACGUUGCUCCAGGAGGGCGCUACGCAGGCGGAGGUCCUUGUCAGUACUGAUACGGGAUCGAAGCCGACGGCAUGCAUGUUGCACUACAUUGGAGAGAAG